GCGGCGGAUGGGUAACAAGAUUUUAGAAACAGCGACCGAAUAUGUAAUAUUUUUCAUUUAAGUUGCGACUGUUUAAUCACAUUUCCAUUCAGAGGUAUUAGUCAAAAAGGUUUCUGACCAUGGCUGUGGCAGACAAGGACAAGACAAAUGUCAAAACGAAAGAGUUGCUGAAGGACCUUGGCAAACCAACGCUGCGUGGCGUGAAAAAAUGCCCCAACUGUGGUUUCUACAAUGGCAUCCGGGGCCUGAGCUGCAAGAACAAGGCAUGCAACAUGGUCCUGCGGGGGGCAGGCAGGAAAAAGGGGCACAGCGCCGACGCGGUGAAGAUCAUCACAGGCUCCACUGUCCAGGUGUUCUCGGUCAGACUCAGGGACCGGGGGCCCGAUUACCGGGGCUUCGUGGAGCUGCCCCUCCACCCGUUGAUGGACCUGCAGGGUCAGGUGUUGCAGGGGGCCCGCUGCUACGUGGACCUCUGUCAGAAGCCCACUGACGCCACGGCCACUGCUGCUACUGCCACCCCAGCUGGCGCUGAAGUCCUGAACUGCAACCACAUCCGGCUGGCCCUGGAAAGCGAGACGGAAGCCGUGCCGCUGACCCUCAAAAACUCGGUCCUGAACGGGUUGCCCGUGUCCAAUGAGAUCAAGCAGGCCAUCUGGCUGCUGGCCACCGAGACCACGGGCCCCUUGGUCCAGCGGGUCAGCAAGAAUGUCAUGGUGGUUAAGUGCAAGGCCCAGCCCAAGAACCUGCUGGGAUUCCUCCACUUCUCUUUCUCAGAGAGCCAGCGCAAGAACGGCACCAUAGAGCACAAGUUCCAAUGCUCCUGCCGACACUUUCGGAAUUUCAGGGCUUCGCCGGGAGAAGAACUUCAGCGGCGCUGUGUGCACUUCUAUGCCUGCAUUUGUGCAUUUGCAAGUGAUGAUGCUCUAGCCAAAGAAUUUGAGUUCUUCAUCAAUCUGGACUCUGUGGUAUCGACGACCACUAUGGCUGUGAUCAGUGAGCCAGUACAGCUUGAUCAGGUGAUCACGGAAGAGAACAACCCAAAUCUCUUGGUCAAAAUACAGCGGAAGGACGACAUGUUAGCUCAGGCCAGCAGUGCCCUCCUCACCCUCCAAGAGAGCGCUGCCUCGCCCGCCAAGAAGCAGGCCACCAAGCGGAACCAGCCGACCCCCGCGACCACCCCCAACAAGGCGCUGCCCCAGCCCCAAGACGGGGAGAAUGUCUCCGUCAGCUUCGUCAAGUGGCUGGCCAGCGUGACGGAGCGCAUCAACCAGACCAUGCACUACCAGUUUGACGGUCAUCCCGAGCCACUGGUGUUCCAUGUGCCCCAGGUCUUCUUCGACCUCCUGCAGCAGCGCAUCGCCUUUGGCGGCAAGAAGAAGCGACUGCCCAACGCAACGACGGCGUUCAUCCGCAAGGACGCCCUCCCGCUCGGAACUUUCUCCAAGUACAUGUGGCACCUGACCAACAUUUUACAAGUCAAACAGAUAUUUGACACAGAAGAGGUGCCUCUGGAGGUGACCAGGAGCUUUGUGGAGAACAGCAACGGGACAUUUUCCCUGAAUCCUUCCCCAGCCCGGCUGGAGCAGGACCCCUCCACAUACCGGAAGAUCAACGGCCAGGUCCCCAUCAAACCAUUUGAGCUCAAGACGUACCUCAAAGUGGGCCACACCACCCCCGACAUGACGGAGCCCACGCCCUUCAUCAUCGAGUGGAUCCCAGACAUUCUGCCCAUCACGCACAUCGGCGAGCUGCGCAUCAAGUUUGAGUACGGCCACCAACGCAACGGACACGUGGAGAAGCGGCCGCCGGGGAUGAAAACUAGCAUGGGCCAGCAGACGACCAUCACUAUACUGUGAGGGGAAUGCCAGUCACCGGCAGGGCUCGUGUGUGUCCAUCAAGUCAAUGCUAGAUGUGUUCCGCUUUGCAAACAUGUAGGUGCGUGCCGACAAGAGGGCACAGCGUUAACUCUGGAAUCCUGUUUUGGACACACCUGUUGCAUACAAUCAUUGGCUUGUGCCCGUGUCAUAUUCCCCACUUAUUGCACCCUGUUGUUAGGUGUGCCCAUUGGUGACAGUGAGCCACUUUUCUGCUCUGUUAGUUUGUGCGGUAAAACUUUUCUUUUCUCUCUCUCUCUAAAUUUGUCCAGGGGCGCUCAUUUCUUCCGACACUUCAGAAUGUUUUUUUUUUCCUGAAUUCCCCACAGUACUCAGAAAGUGUUACAUUGUGGAUGUGGGCUCGGACCUUUUGACACAUUUUGUCAAUGAAGACUCAAGUUCUACUGCCCUCUUUCAAAAACUUUAUUUUUGGCAAAUCAGUCAUGUCUCAAAUCCCAAACUGUAGUGUACAUUAGCUAGUAAGCCACAUCUGUGAACAAUCACGUCUUCUCUCCUUUCACGCUUCUACUGAACAAAUAGUGAACCCGAGUUUCCGGCAAGGCUGUCAGUAAUUAUACAGUGCCCUUCGAGUGGACUAACAGUUGCUUUGGCAUUUGGUGUAUUUAAUGAAAUUGAAAUUCUCGAUGUAACAAGGGGAUUGCUCUUCAGGCCAGAGAACUGUCUUUCCUGGAAACAGCACACGGAUGCCUAGAAUAGUUCCAUUUGUACUCUGUUAUUUUACCUGGUGUAAAAUUAUCAAGAAAGGGAAUUUGUAAAUUGCAAGGUUACAAAAUUCUCAAAUUUUGUUUUAAAAAUUCAAAGGGUAGAAAGUAUUAAGUUUUUGAACGUUCGUGAAUUCGAUAUUCAGCCCGUCACGGAAACUAUGUACAUAGUAACUUAUAGUGUGCUUCAUUGGCCAGUGAACUGUACAUGUGAAUUAUUACUUUGUGAAUAAUGUACAGAAAAGUAGCAUAUUAUUGUUUCCUGUGUACAUACUGAAAGGAGAGGUCUGGAACAAGCUUGAAGUUGGAAAGACGGUCAAUGUUAUAAUAAAAUUUGGGUUUUGUUUUGUUGUCAAAGGA